GUGGCGUCGGUUAGCGCGUUCGGCACAGUCACCAGUUAGAGGGUCUCUCAAAGGGUAAAAGCACUCCACUGCUUUCAGUCGAGUCUGUCUCGUCGUGUGCUGUGCACGAGUGCGCGUUCCCAGUGGAGUAGUUAGUGAACUGUCGAAAAGCGAAUAUAUUAUACCGACUCCGUCCAAGUCGCCGCAUCGCAUCGCGAAUGAUUUUCAAGAUCACGCAAAGCGCAACAUUGACUGAAUCAGGCUGAAAGUUUCUUUCUUUCUGUUUACCACGCUGGCAAGUUGGUAGCCAUCACAGUCAGUCGUUUAGCGAUUAUAAUUAAAGAAAUAAAAUGCAAUUUCUUAAAAGGUUCCGGAAGGGCCUCAACAAUGAAUUACAAAAACAAAAUUUCGGCUUCGAAUACAGCCACGUGCAUCUAUUUUAUAAGUCUCUGUGGCAAAAGAAUGAAGUCAGCACAGUUUAUUUACUUUAUCGUUGGCUGUUGGCGCUAAUAUUUUUGGGCGUUUACAUCACUUGCAUUAUUUUGCAAUACUGUGAUGGCAAGUUUUUUAUCUACAUGACCAACUGGGGCUUUGGUCUGAUCACGAUCACAAUGAUAGUUGCCGCGGUGAACGUCACACGCUGGCACUACGAUCUACAGAAUGUGAGGAGUCUGGUGCAGGAGGCGGGACAGAAGGCGCGCACCACAUGUGGCCUGAAGAUGUAUUGGUGGCUGUAUAAUAUAUCAUUAUUGCUGGCACUGAUCAUAUCCACAGUAUACUGGAUAUUUCUUAAUGGUCGGAUGAACAAACCAACGCGAUUUCCGGUCAUCAGCAUUGUGACACAUGCCCUGAAUACAGUUUGUAUGCUGAUCGAUUUUCUAGUCGUUGCAUUUCCGCUGCGUCUGUGGCAUAUGGUGCAGACGAUGUGCAUGGCCAUUGCCUUCUUUCUGUUCACCCUCAUCUAUCACGUUUGCGGUGGCACCGACGAAUUCGGCAAUCCCUACGUCUAUCCCAUACUGGACUGGAACAAUCCCGUGCGCUGCUUGAUCACCUUUGUCGGCAUUUUCAUAAUGAUCAUCUGCUAUUGGGUGAUACUCUUUGGCGUCCACAAACUGAAGCAGGUCUUCAAUCGGGCCUUCAGCAUUGUCUGGACACCCCAUGCCGUUGGCCUCAUAUGAGACCGACUUUAUCCAGCACUGACUAAAAACAACAAUACAACAAAUCACAAAACUGCACUCAAGUAGUUAUAGGUAGUACCGCCCGCAUUUUGUCAUUACUUCCAUUUAGUUACACAACACACAGCACUCACACAUACACACUGACAUACACACACACUCACUUUCACGCACGCAUACAAUACCAUUUAUUUAUAUCAAUUUGUAGCUGUACGCACUAAAUUAUUGUUAUUUAGUAACUACUUGCUCUGCGAUUAGUUUCUAAGUACGUUUCUCCAGGUUCCUUAAUGUCAAGGCAAUGAUCAAUGGCUUUGGCUAUAUAUUUUUUAACUGUAUAAACACUUGAAUAAAGCUUCUUACUGUGGAAUCCAUAGUAUAAAAAUUUUGUUGAGAAAAAACCAAAACCAGUUUA